ACUCUUGGCGCGGGGCAGUUACUACCAACGACUUUUUAACGGCUCACUCCAGGUAUGUUAGCAAAGUUAAAAUGAAAACUGAUUUAGAGAAAGAAUUUUUAAAAUGGUAACGAUGAUGAUAACAAUAGAUAAAACGCAAAAACACAAAUGUAUCAGUUUAUACGCUGCUUUUCAGUCAAGAAAUGUGUCAGUUCACGCGGUUUAAAAAACUAAUAUGUAAUCGAAUAAUUUAAUAAAUUACUAUAAUUGCCAGAAAAUGAGCACCUGUCACAUUACGCGCGGAUGUGUGGUUGAAUACACUCCUCGUGAGGGACAAUGACAUGUUCAAGUCGAGCUCUCAGCCAAUCAGAGCGCGUCAACAUUUAAAGGGCUAUUAAGAAACAGCCAAAACGGCGGAGUGCAAAGCCUACAUCUCAUUUCACGGGUUUUCACUCGCUUGUGAAAGAGUAAAUGUGUUUCUACAUGGCUUUCUUCAAGACAGGAUUGGAAUGAUACUUUUACGCAGCAGAUAUCAGGACAUGUCUGAUUUUGUGGAUGCGCACGUUUAUCUGCUGCACUUGUUGCACUGAGGCGAACGGGCUGAAUCUAACGGACUGACAUAUUCACCGCUACGGGUCAAACCGACGAGGUCUUCGGUGUGUUUUCAUUUCGCAGGUAGGCAUUCGAAGGAUUUCAUUUGCCUAACCUGUGGAUUAUACGCAAAGUACACUUUUUUGCAGUUCAUUAACUGUAAUUUCAAGCAACGCUGUCUGUUUUACAGAUCUGAACACUAAAUCGUGCCUACGAUGCCAGUGUUAAUGAGCCCUGAGAUUGCGAAUAAAUUCAAAGAGAAAUGGAUGAUGCUUCAUCCGGAGGAUCAGGACAAUAUCAGCGGCUCUGUUCACUUUGACGACAGUCUCACCAGUCUGCACUGGCUGCAGAACUUCUCCAUCCUCAGUGCCAAUCCUGAGCGGACUCCCAGCUCCGGCUGCCAUCCGCAACACCUCUUCUACCACAAAAACCAGCUGGGGGGCACCGACUCGCCCUCCAGCCCACCUGCCGGAGAUACCGCCGCCACAGGGAUGCCACAAACACCUGGGAAUCCCACAACGUCCUGCAGCAGUUUGGCGAAUUCAUACGCGCACCAGCAAGCGGGACACUACGUAACGGCGCAAACAAAUCCGUCUGAGGAAAUAGACUAUAAAACAAACCGCCAUGUGAAGCCACCCUAUUCAUAUGCCACUCUGAUUUGCAUGGCAAUGCAAGCUAGCAACAAAACCAAAAUCACUCUGUCAGCCAUAUACAGCUGGAUCACGGAGAAUUUCUGCUACUACAGAUACGCGGAGCCAAGCUGGCAGAAUUCAAUCCGCCAUAACUUGUCCCUGAAUAAGUGCUUCAUGAAAGUGCCCAGGCAGAAAGACGAGCCAGGAAAAGGAGGCUUUUGGCAAAUCGACCCGCAGUACGCUGACAUGUUUGUCAAUGGCGUUUUCAAACGGCGGCGAAUGCCUGCCACAAACUUCAAUACCCAAAGACAGAGCAAAAUGUUAUCCUCUCCCAGCUCCUCGUACAGCUCUCAGUGCAACCAGACCGGCCAACAAAUGGGAAUGGGCCACUUCCAAGGACCUGUCCCAGGAAACAAACGCAAGCAAGUCUUCCCCAAACGAGGCAGCAAGCUGGCCAGAGUCUCCAAGAGCCCUCUGUUAACCACCGACAUCAAAACAUCAGACGUACUGAGAGGAGAUUUCGACCUGGCGUCUGUUUUCGACGACGUGCUCAGUGGGAACGACAGCACGUUUGAGGAUUUGGAUAUCAACACCGCGCUGAGCUCGCUGGGAUGCGAGAUGGAGCUACCUUCGCAGAACCAGCACGGGCCUGGCUACAGCAAUGAGGACGAACAGGCUUGUGCUUACCUAGAGGCGAACGGCAUGAUGGGAUGCAACAUGGAGGACUUUCACCAACAGCACCACCAGCAAGUACAGGUGCAUCCGCAAUAUUACGAGGGAAUGUUCACGGAUCAGGUUCACCAGCAUCAGCAGCACCCUUGGGAGAUUAAAGAGGAAGUCCAAGCCAUCCCGCUUACCUUGGAUCAUGGCUAUGGGCUUUGUGAGGGAUUCUUCUCUGAGAUGCAACUCUGGGAAAGAGCAGAGUCUUAUCUGUGAACACGUCUGAAUACAUAUGCACUGUCUUUGCUCGUCUGAAGACCUAUUGACUUUUGUUUUGCUACAUUAGCAUAAUGAAUUACUGAGGAUGUGAGAAGUUAUAUGUAAUUAUUAUUCUUUGUACUUCUUUUGCAUUUUAUAAGAACCUAUACUGAUUCAUUUAUAAUCGCCCUUGAUCUUUUUUGUUGGACAUUUUCUCCAGACAAUGUAGUUAUGUAGGUUAGUGGCAUUUUGUUCCUUAAUGAUUAAUCAAUCUAAUAUAUUCAUUUUAGUUUACUUAGGCAAUGUCAUGCUUUAUACAAGUCUAACAAAAUAAAUAUAAAUCACAUAUUUGAGGAAAAAGGGAUGCAACAAGCCAAAGUGCUUCACGAAAUCAUUUCCAGAGACAAAAUAACCCCGCACAAGCACUUUGAAACAGUAGCUCAGUUUGUUGCCCGGUGAUUUAGCCUCAUAAUUUAUUUUCUGUCUGUUAUGAUAAUCUAUGAGAGUGCAAAGUGUCCCACAAGUGCUCUCCGACGUUUCAAAACUGUAAUGCAUUAGUCUCAGAUUUACCAUGAGUUGUGGGUGGCAAUCUUACGAGGCAAUGACUGUUCUAGAAGUGUACUUGUAUCGAUUCUUUGAGAAAUGGACUAAAACAUGCAACGUGAAACAAAAUAUAUUCUGUACUUGAAUAAAAGGAUCAAU